GCAGGUUCGGCUUCAGAAACUGUAGACCAGAUCAAAGUCACAGUAAAUAGAAGCCACAGGGUGACUUUUAAAUGGAGGAGGGAAAAUCCCUGCAUCUUUUCUGUUUGUCAUUCUUGGAGCUGAAGGCACAGCAGCCGCAAAAGAUGAUUGAACCAGAGCUGCUGACCGAGGUUCCCGCAGCACUGAAGCGGUUAGCCAAGCAGGUGGUCAGGGGUUUCUAUGGAGUGGAGCACGCCUUGGCCCUGGACGUGCUCAUCCGCAAUCCAUGUGUACGGGAGGAGGACAUGCUGGAGCUCCUCAAGUUCGACCGCAAACAGCUGCGCUCGGUGCUCAACACGUUAAAGGCCGACAAGUUUGUCAAAUGCCGCAUGAGAGUGGAGACGGCGCCUGACGGAAAGACAACACGGCACAACUACUACUUCAUCAAUUACAGAGUAAUGGUCAAUGUGGUGAAGUAUAAAUUGGAUCACAUGCGAAGGCGCAUUGAGACGGAUGAACGAGAUAACACCAACCGAGCUUCCUUUCGCUGCCCUUGCUGCUUUUCAACUUUUACUGACCUAGAGGCCAACCAGCUGUAUAACCCCAUGACCGGUACGUUUCACUGCACCUUCUGUCAGACCGAAGUAGAAGAAGAUGAGUCUGUGUGCCCCGACGCAAGGACACUAGUGGCACGCUUCAAUGAGCAGAUUGAACCGAUCUACGUGUUGCUGCGUGAGACUGAGGACGUCAACUUGUCACACGACCUGCUGGAACCUGAGCCAGCUGAAAUCCCCGCCCUCAAAGAGAGCCGGGAACGAGCCGCAGCGUCUUCAGCCAAUGCCGCAGGCCCACACCGUGAAGCGUGGUCUACAAAAGGUUCCGCCUACGCUGACCUGUACACGCAGAACGUGGUCAUCAGCAUGGACGAGCAGGAGCACCAACAGAAACAUGCCAGUGAUGGCAAGGCUCCAAAGGAGCGGCCAGUCUGGAUGACCCAGAGCACCGUCCAAGGGGCUUACAGCGAGCCUGACGUCCUCAAGAAUCGUGGAGACGUUUCUGAAAGCCUCGACGGAGCAGCAGGACUCAGGAUGGGUCAGGCGGAUGAAAACGAGGAGGUCAUGCGAGCCCUGCUCAUCCAUGAGAAGAGAGGUGCCGCGGCAGGAGCAGGUGGAGGAGCGGCACACGCCGCGGCCAAGGGACUCGUCACCUCUACUGCCAACGCCAGCGACUCGGAGAGCGACACCAGCGAGUCGGACGACGACCUUCCCUCAGGCCCUCCGCCCCCGAAGCCCACUCAGCACCGCGUGGAGGAAGAGGAGGAUGACGACGACGAGUUCGAGGAGGUUGGUGAUGAGCCAGUAGUGAUGGUGGGGGGCCGGUCCUUCUCGUACCGAGAGGUGAGCCAAAGGCCGGAGCUGGUGGAGCAGAUGUCCGCACAGGAGAAGGAGGCGUACAUCGAAAUGGGCCGGAACCUCUUCCAGGAUAUGUACUUCUGAGCACGUGCAGCACGUCCUGACUGGAGCAGGGAAACCAGAGGAAACCAGAGGAAACCAGAGGAAACCAGAGGGACACGAGCUGCUGCUGCUGCUGCUGCUGAACAAGUAUUGACCAGUUCACACCUGCAUUAGACUAAAGAUGUCCUUCCACAGUGUUGCCUAACAGACACCUGUAUUUUCUAUGUCCCUCCAGUAUUUUUUGAAGUUACCAAACUGAACAGAGGUCAAAGGACCGUCCUUCUCAUUCACAUGAUGCUCUGCUCCUCUGUCCUUCUCAUCAGUUCAUCAUCUCUCUGCUGCUUUGACAGAAACAAACAUCAGCUCACAAACUUUACAGAAUAAUGGAAAAAAUAAAUGGGUCUUUCCCUUCAUGUCUGUUGUUCUAAAUACUGCAGUACAUGCAUACUUUAGUGUUGUUAUUCCAGAAUACCUGAAAGGUACAUGUCCUUCAUCCCAUUAUGGUCUGUUUAUCAGAUGAUGUAUGAGGGGAAAAGAGCAAAUCAGUGCUCUGGAAACAGAAACAGUUCAGUCGUUUUGGUUGUACUUACUUUGGAUUAAAUUUUUUUUUUUUUUUUUAAACAACAUUGAUUUAUUAGCAUUUUAAUAUUCAACAGUUUUAACUCCAAGUAUCGUCCUGUUAUAUUGUACCAUCUGUUACUCAGUUCAAUCCAAUAGAAAUUGAUGAAACGACCAUUUGUUUGAAAACGCAGUAAAUGUGAGAAGCCUUUAGAAUCACAGCAGCACAGUGAUGAAAAGUGGACAAAUGCUGCUGCGUCCAGAUGUUUCUGACCAGCUGCAGCAGGAAAACACUUGAGUGCUGACCUGGCAAAUAUGAUUGGUGACACUCCACACUGCCCCCAUGAGGUGCAGUUUUCAAGUUGUGGCCCCGUGUACCUCAGGUGUUACUUGGGCUCCCUCUAGUUGUAGUUAAUAUUUGUACUGCUUUGAAAAAUAAAAUAGCAUCUUGUCAACCCUAAUAGAAGGUAUAGAUUACAAAGGCUGCAACUAUCAAUAAAUGGACCGGUGUCAUCAGCUAAAAGGGUCACCACAGACUCUGGACCAAAGUGACUGAUUUGCUGGAUUUCUUGUUUCGUACGUGACACUUCAUUUGUACUCUGGAGUAUUGAAUGGAGGUUCAAAUGUCACCUCUCAGGUAGCCUGACAAGCCCUUACAUAUCUUUCAAGUUGGAGGAUGGACACCUGUAGGGCAGAGUCUUAAAGGUCAGGGUAAAAACAGGACCUGGCCUCAUUAAAACAACCUCCCCUCUUCAGGACGGCUCAAUUAAAAAGCUCACCUCACGCUGUUCCAUUGAUCUGCCAAGGCAAGAGUGUGACGCUAGGCUGGGCUACAGGCAGGAUGAACGCCACCCAGUGGGGAAUAAAGGUGUGGCCUGAUGUGCUUAUUGCUCAUUAAUUUAUCCUGAGUUUGAAUACGUUACUGUGAGGUCUGUGAUGUCCGUCCGUCUCUUUGUCUCACAGCGUCUAUGUUUGACUCAAAUGUUCAAACAUAAACCAUAAUGUGUUUGUUAAAGGACAAGGAAUGAUUCAUGGUUGUUGUUUAUUUACUGUAGGAGUGUGUGGGUGGGCAGAGACUGACGGGGGCAGCAUGUCAUGACGGACCAGGAGAGGUCUGAUUGAUUGGAUGUGUCUCUGUCACUCCUCGUCCAAUAAAGGCCCAAGAUUAAUGUCCUAA